ACCCUCUGCCCCCUGCGGAGUUGUGUUUUCUGGGAAUCAGCAAGUAAGAUCACAAGUGGUCUUUUCUUUUAUUCACUCUCUCCCAUAAAGAAAGCUUUAUCACGUGUGGCCUUAAACUUGCAGCAAAUUGCAAAGAAAUGGCUCAAAAGCUUCAGCUCUUUCUGUGCCCUGGGAGCUGAGAUGCACGUCAGUGGCCUUGCCAGCGUGGCCAAUUCUCUGCUGACUGCCAGAAAAAAAGAGGCCAGGAGGAAAGAGGAAAGAUUGCUCAGGGGUGAGACCAUGCCCUUCAUCUUUUAUUUCCCCUAAUCUGCUCUGCCUGUGUCCACCCACGCUCUCCCCACCUGGCAAAAUUGUUCAAAAUUGCUGUGGAGUUUACCUCAGUUUCCUCUUUCAGCCUGUGGUGUGUGGUCCAUCCUCUUGCUGAGCACAUUGAAAGGAACUGGCUAUCUUUGAUCUCUACCUCCAGAUCAGAGUCAAGGAAUGUGUUUAUAAUGGACACUUCAUCCAAAGAAAAUAUCCAGUUAUUCUGCAAAACUUCAGUGCAACCUGUUGGAAGGCCUUCUUUUAAAACAGAAUAUCCCUCCUCAGAGGAAAAGCAACCAUGCUGUGGUGAACUAAAGGUGUUCUUGGGUGCCUUGUCUUUUGUUUACUUUGCCAAAGCAUUGGCAGAAGGCUAUCUGAAGAGCACCAUCACUCAGAUAGAGAGAAGGUUUGAUAUCCCUUCUUCACUGGUGGGAGUUAUUGAUGGUAGUUUUGAAAUCGGGAAUCUCUUAGUUAUAACAUUUGUUAGCUACUUUGGAGCCAAACUUCACAGGCCAAAAAUAAUUGGAGCAGGGUGUCUAAUAAUGGGAGUUGGAACAUUGCUCAUUGCAAUGCCUCAGUUCUUCAUGGAGCAGUACAAAUAUGAAAUAUAUUCUCCUUCCUCCAAUUCUACUCUCAGCAUCUCUCCAUGUCUCCUAGAGUCAAGCAGUCAAUUACCAGUUUCAGUGAUGGAAAAAUCAAAAUCCAAAAUAAGUAACGAAUGUGAAGUGGACACUAGCUCUUCCAUGUGGAUUUAUGUUUUCCUGGGCAAUCUUCUUCGCGGAAUAGGAGAAACUCCCAUUCAGCCUCUGGGCAUUGCCUACCUUGAUGAUUUUGCCAGUGAAGACAAUGCAGCUUUCUAUAUUGGGUGUGUGCAGACGGUUGCAAUUAUAGGACCAAUUUUUGGUUUCCUGCUAGGCUCAUUAUGUGCCAAACUAUAUGUUGACAUUGGCUUUGUAAACCUAGAUCACAUAACCAUUACCCCAAAAGAUCCCCAGUGGGUAGGAGCCUGGUGGCUUGGCUAUCUAAUUGCAGGAAUCAUAAGUCUUCUUGCAGCUGUGCCUUUCUGGUAUUUACCAAAGAGUUUACCAAGAUCCCAAAGUAGAGAGGAUUCUAAUUCUUCCUCUGAGAAAUCCAAGUUUAUUAGAGAUGAUCACACAGACUACCAAACACCCCAGGGAGAAAAUGUAAAAAUAAUGGAAAUGGCAAGAGAUUUUCUUCCAUCACUGAAGAAUCUUUUCGGAAAUCCAGUAUACUUCCUCUAUUUAUGUACAAGCACUGUUCAGUUCAAUUCUCUGUUCGGCAUGGUGACGUACAAACCAAAGUACAUUGAGCAGCAGUAUGGACAGUCAUCCUCCAGGGCCAACUUUGUGAUCGGGCUCAUCAACAUUCCAGCAGUGGCCCUUGGAAUAUUCUCUGGGGGGAUAGCUAUGAAAAAAUUCAGAAUCAGUGUGUGUGGAGCUGCAAAACUCUACUUGGGAUCAUCUGUCUUUGGUUACCUCCUAUUCCUUUCCCUGUUUGCACUGGGCUGUGAAAAUUCUGAUGUGGCAGGACUAACUGUCUCCUACCAAGGAACCAAACCUGUCUCUUAUCAUGAACGAGCUCUCUUUUCAGAUUGCAACUCAAGAUGCAAAUGUUCAGAGACAAAAUGGGAACCCAUGUGUGGUGAAAAUGGAAUCACAUAUGUAUCAGCUUGUCUUGCUGGUUGUCAAACCUCCAACAGGAGUGGAAAAAAUAUUAUAUUUUACAACUGCACAUGUGUGGGAAUUGCAGCUUCUAAAUCCGGAAAUUCCUCAGGCAUAGUGGGAAGAUGUCAGAAAGACAAUGGAUGUCCCCAAAUGUUUCUGUAUUUCCUUGUAAUUUCAGUCAUCACAUCCUAUACUUUAUCCCUAGGUGGCAUACCUGGAUACAUAUUACUUCUGAGGUGUAUUAAGCCACAGCUUAAGUCUUUUGCCUUGGGUAUCUACACAUUAUCAAUAAGAGUUCUUGCAGGAAUCCCAGCUCCAGUAUAUUUUGGAGUUUUGAUUGAUACUUCAUGCCUCAAAUGGGGAUUUAAAAGAUGUGGAAGUAGAGGAUCAUGCAGAUUAUAUGAUUCAAAUGUCUUCAGACAUAUAUAUCUGGGACUAACUGUGAUACUGGGCACAGUGUCAAUUUUCCUAAGCAUUGCAGUACUUUUCAUUUUAAAGAAAAAUUAUGUUUCAAAACACAGAAAUUUUAUAACGAAGAGAGAAAGAACAAUGGUGUCUACAAGAUUCCAAAAGGAAAAUUGCACUACAAGUGAUCAUCUGCUACAACCCAAAUACUGGCCAGGCAAGGAAACUCAACUUUAGAAACAUGAUAACUGGAAGUCAUGUGUUCUAAUUGGUGGACAAUUUGCAAACAAAUAAAUUGUAAUCAAAAGAGCUCUAAAUUUGUAAUUUCUUUCUCCUUUCAAAAAAUGUCUACUUUGUUUUUGGCCCUAGGCAUUAGAUAAUAUAACUGAUAACAAAUAUACUGAAACAUAUAAUGGAAGAUGCAGAUGAUAAAACUAAUUUUGAACUUUUUAAUUUAUAUGAAUUUUUUUAUAUCAUUUACUUAUUUCACUUUAUUUUGCCUUGUGCUUAUUGAUAUAUAUUAGCUGUACUUCUAGAAGAACAAUUGUCUCUAUUGUCACACAUGGUUAUAUUCAAAGUAAUUUCUGAACUGUGUCAUGUGUCUAGAGUAAGAAAAUACUGCUAAAAAUUAACUCAUACUUUGGGCUCCUUCAAGUAUUACUUCUAUAGUAUUUUCUCCCAUAGCUGUCUUCAUCUGUGUAUUUUAAUAAUGAACUUAGGAUGGAGCAGAACAUGGAGAGGAAGAUUUCAUUUUAAGCAUCUCCUUUUCUUUGAAAUACAGUAAUUUAUAUAGAAAUGUAUAGCAGCAAAUUAUAUUGGGGAUUAGAAUUUGGAAUUAAUAGCUCUCCUACUAUUCAUUUACAUGUGCUUUUUGUGUGGCGCUAUAAGUGACUACGGUUGUAAAGUAAUAAAAUUGAUGUUAACAUGCC